AUGGCAACCAAGUUCCUCUCCAUUGCGGGCAUCUCCACUGUAGCCCUCCUCUCUGCCCUAUACCCCUUUGUCUACCCCAAGCUCAAGACCCUCGGCUACGUUGGGCGCGAGCUGGGAGAGUUGAACAAUCAGCAAUGUAGGAAGAUCCCUUCGUUGAGGAGUUGUGAGGAUACAUGGCUGCAUGAGGAUACCGGCUACUUGUACGCAGCGUGUGGAAAUAGCAUCGACGAUAGGAUGACCUGGUUCCCUUGCAACGACCACUGGGAUGCCCUCAACCGUCCCAACAGAGACUAUCUCGCUGUCCUCGACACGCGAUCCACAGAGGGCGACUUUGAGUCACGCACUCGAAAGGUUCGCCUCGAGGGUUUCCACGGCCUAGCAGGCGAAGGCUCCUUUACCUCGCACGGCUUUGGAUUCUGGACCGACCCUACCCCAGGGUCGGACUUGAUGCGCGUCUUCCUUGUCAACCAUCGUCCUUCCCUUGACGGACUCAUCAAUGCUCUUAUCCUCGACGAGACUACAGGCGCCAAUUCGACGAUUGAAAUCUUUGAGACGCGAGUGGGCAGCGAUGUGGCUCAACAUGUCCGGACGGUUGCGCACCCGCUCAUCAGGACACCAAACAAUGUUGAGCCCACGGGACCGGACACCUUCUACGUCACCAAUGACCAUCACAUCAAGAGGGGCAAGAAGAAGGCGCUUGACGCCAUCUUCCCCUGGACAGAGGUAGUGCACUGCGAUACCAGAGGAUGCAAGGUCGUCUUAGACGGCUUGACGUUCGCCAAUGGCAUUUCCCGCGGCGUAGCCCCAGGUGACGAAGAACUCUACUACGUCUCAGCGACUGCCUCGGACAAGCUUUCCAUUUUGCAGCGUCAACCGCACGACAAUUCUGUCGUUCUACAAGACACGGUCAAGUUCCCCUACCUCACCGACAAUCUCUACACCACCAAGUCUGGUGGUGUGUACAUUGCCUCUUUCCCCUCGCUUCACUCCCUCUCGACACACUUUGCGACGCCUAGAAAGGCCGGCGCACACAGCCUCAUUGCCAAGCUCUCCAAGAACACGGGUGGGAAAGAUGCCUUUUUCGGAGAAAAGUACAAGGUGGAAAAAGUCUUUGAAGACGAUUCGACGAGUGCUGAAUCGCCUAGUGGGAUUACAGGAGUUGCCGUGGAUGAGUCUACGGGCAAGAUUUACCUUGCGAGCUUGCUGCAGGAAUUCAUGUGGGAAUGUGACCUCUAUGAGGAGCCGGUGAAGAUGAAGUUCUAA